AUGUCGUCUUCCAUUGCGGUUCGCCCCAUCAUCACCCUCGAGGAGCACUUCCUCUCUGAGGCUGCCACCUCUCAUCCAAAUGCCCGCAAUCUGAGCUUCAAGGCCAUCCCGGGGCUCUUUAAUCAGUUUACUGAGCUCGGGCCAAAGCGGAUCGCGGAUAUGGACGCCGGCCAGGUGACUUUGCAGGUCAUCUCUCACGGACCGGGCGACCUGUCCCCGGAGCUGUGUCGAGAGUGCAACGACCAGCUAGCCGGAGCUGUGCGGUCGAACCCCGGAAGAUUCGCCGGGUUCGCCGAGCUGGCUAUGGACGAGCCCGAAGAGGCCGCGAAGGAGCUGCGUCGGACCUGCUCUGGUGACAUGAACGGGGUGAAGUUCGUAGGCGCUCUGGUAGACAGCCACACGGAGGGAGGGCGGUACUAUGACGGUCCCGAGUUUGAUGUGCUAUGGACUGAGGCGACGAAGCUGGAUGUUCCAAUCUAUAUCCAUCCCACCUGGCCAUCAGAGCGACUUUUCACCGCGUACAAAUCGCCCCAUCUCUCAGACGAGGUGACGACAUCGAUCCUUGCGUUUGGGUUCGGCUGGCAUAGCGACGUCGCGUUGCACGUGUUAAGGCUGUAUGCGUCCGGCGUGUUCGAUCGUUUCCCCACGUUGAAGAUCAUUAUCGGGCAUAUGGGCGAGAUGAUCCCGUACAUGCUCCAACGCAUCGAGCGCGUGUCUUCGCGCUGGGGCAAGCAGCGAUCGUUCCGGAAGGUAUGGGAUAACAACCUCUGGUUGACGACGAGUGGGAACUGGGCACUGGACCCCCUGGCGUGUAUUCUUCGCAAUACGAAGCGGGACAGAAUCAUGUACAGCGUCGACUAUCCCUUCGCCAAGAGCCGUGACGGGCUUAAGUGGUUAGAGAUGCUAGAGGAGAGCGGCAUGGUCAGCGAGGAGGAGCUGGAAGGCAUCCGCUGGAAGAAUGCGGCCAGCUUGUUACGACUAGAUGUAAAGUCUACGGCUUAA